AUGGCAAACAAUACUCGACGUCGUCUAAGUUUUAUUGAUAUGUCGCACCCGCAAGUGUGGAAUAAACUACUUCAAUACACUGAAGUAACGAUUGCUCUGACAAAAUUAAUUGCAGAUUUUACAAAUCAAUGGACGAAGAUUUGCCUAUUGGCCUCAUCUCAAUUGCAUCAACUAGUCGCCGACUUUCGCAAAAAGACCGAAAGCGAAAUUCGUGCAAAGUGUCAUGUGGGUGGAAUGAUGUAUGACCUGUGGGAAUCACUUUUGUUAGAAACUGAUAUAGAAUCACAAUCUUUGAAGAAAGUCGCCUGCGUUUUAGAGAAGAAUAUCUAUACGCCUUUGACAAGUUUUAUAAUUAACAAAACACUUCAAUUAAAUAUUCAUAAGGAACAUCGACGUGAUUUCCACCAAAUCCUUGAAUAUGGUCAUCAAAGCGUGGAACAGAUUCGAAAUGAGUAUACCGAUAUAUACAAUAAGGAAGGUGUUACGCCGGGCUUCGAUCUCCUUCAUAAUGAAUACAUUCUUGAGCUAACGGCAGUGAACAGUCUCUAUUCGAAAUAUCAACAAAGUAUUUCACCACAACUUCUUCAGAGUAUGGAGCAAUCGCAACUAACGAUAAUUGAUACGAUUUGUCAAAAUAUGCAAUUAAUGGCUUCCAUUUUACAAGACUAUAUCAAAUUUCACAAUUAG